UUUUCAGAUUGCGCUUUUAACGUGUUAUACAUUUCCUCGGGAACAUUAAACACUGAAAACCUUGAACAGUAUGGGCCUAUUGCGUUCAUCGAUGGCCACCAGAUUAUCGGCCGUUGAUCUCUCGUUUAAUGCAUCAAGAGGCACUAAAAUCACCCGCACAUUCUGAUGUGAAUUGCAAGCAUUGGCCACACCGCACCCUAAAGCUGAUUUCGGUGUUAUUUUUUUGUCCUGCUCUCAACCAAAAUCUGCGUGAUAAACCAAACUUGCAACCCCAAAAAAUACUUGAUCUCGUGUUGUUACCGUGUCAAACAAGGCUAUUACGUUACAGCUUUCAUGUACAAAUAUCGCCUUCUCACUUCCAGAAACGUUGAACAAACAUUCGAAUGUGAAAUGUUUAAAACCAGCUAUCUACAACACUAUAACUACAACAUUGCGACCUGAAUACGCAGACGUGUCUUAGCUAGUUUUAGACAGACUUAUUUCCAUGCAUCUGGCUUAACAUGUGAUGCUCUCUUGUCCUCUUCCUCAUCUCUGCCUGUUCUCCAUUUCCUUCAUAUCUCCUCCAGAGAUGAGUAGCUGUUUUCUGGAUGAGGAGACGUUCUGUCAGUGCUGCCAGCUUUUCCUCCAACACUCCCACUCCCUCUGUGACGGCUGGAGCUGGGAACAAGUGAAGGGUUCUGAGGAGGGCUACCUGAGGAAGACUGCACUGGGGACCGGCAGAACCAGAUGUAACCAGGACCAGCAACGAACCAGUUCAGACCAGCACCAGGAGAGGACCUUCUCCCUCUCUUUCCAUGAUGAUGAUGGUGAUGAUGAAGAUGAUGGCGCAGUGUGUUGUAUACAGGAGGAGAGCAGUAGUAGCAGUGUCGUUCAGUAUGAAUACCAUGUCCUCUACUCCUGCAGCUACCAAACUCCUGUCCUCUACUUCAGAGCCUCAACCCUGGAGGGUAGGAGUCUGUGUCUCGAGGAGGUAUGGGACAGUGUUCAUCCUAACUACAGACAGAGACUACAGCACAGACCCUGGGACACCAUCACACAACAGGAACACCCGUUGCUAGGCCAGUCGUUCUUUGUGCUCCACCCUUGCAGGACAGAAGAGUUCAUGAAGCCUGUUCUAAAAGCUGCCCUGGAAGAACACCGACAGGUGAACUACAUUGUGACCUGGCUCAGUGUGGUGGGUCCUGUUGUGGGACUGGACGUUCCUCUGAGCUACUGUACACAGGCACCUGAACCCCCGCACACCCCCUCCGGCUCUCCACAGCCCCCCUCCGGCUCUCCACAGUCCCCCUCCGGCUCUCCACAUUUCCCCUCCGGCUCUCUACAGCCCCCAGCCCUAGGGACAAAGCCAGGCUGAAUGGUUCUCCCAUCUAGCGUGGACAACACGUAAUGCCAAAGCGAAUUUCCAUUGGAGCCAGAUUUGACAUCAGCUUGAGACGUGUUGAUGAGGUCUGUCCAGUGGGCAUGAGAUGGAAGAGAGGGCAGCUGCUUUUCACAAUAAGUCUGUAGAGAGAACCGUUACAUGAAGCACUGCUGGCACCUAGUGGUGAGAAACAUUACUGCAACUCUACAGGCCUGUCAGAACUACUAGGUUGAAUCAGCCCAGGUGAUGGAUCUGAGAAGUGGGAGCGGGAUGACUUAUAGAUCUGGGACAGGGUCUUCUAUGGGCUUCAGUGCUGAUAUCUGUGAAAAGGUAAAACAGACACUUCUCCUUUUGUCAGAGCAGACCUGGUCUUAGGAGGCUAGACAACCAUGGAGAAAUGAACGAGAUGUCUAUUCAUUUCUAUGGGAGCUACUCUAUCCUUGUCAACGCUGUUUUGGAAUAAGACAAAUGAAAGUCUAUUUUGUGCCUGGAUGGGGGACUGAAGAUGAAGUGAGAUGGAACUUAAUGUUUCCUAUGACCUCAAACCUUUUAACUUUUCCUCUCAUCACCGAACAUGUCCAACAAUCAUGUUGUAACUUUUUGAUUUCUUUGCAGUAAAGUUGAUGACAAACGCACCGUUCUUGGCCUGCAUUGUGAAGAUGUUUUAAAACAGAAACGCCGUAUGCUUUUCAGCGUCAGGUUUCGUAAGAUUCCUGUUUGUCUCUGACAGACUGGUCGUAUCUGAAGGGGCGUCUACUGUGUGAGUGGCAUCGUGAUCCAGGAUAGUUUGUACUUUGGCCAGACCCUUGUCUGUUGGCAGAAGACUCAGGGAUUAAUUUAUUGGUCAACUGGGAGAAAAGUUUGUGUGUGUAUUCUUGCCGUAGAAUAGAUUAACUUUCACCCUAAUUUGUCUAACAUCCUGUCUCUGUUGACUGAGAGCGUGGGGAGAGUUUCAUACCUCCUCCUCAUAGGAUUUAACACGGUGGAUUUGCUUUUGAAUUAGAAACGGUUGCAUGCUGAAUGUAUCGUAGGUUGUUACACCAAUGUUGGCUUUUAAUAAUGGCAACUCUUCCACCACAGUCCUGAUACAACGCAUGCACAUGACUGUAUCGUAUCUAUAUUGAACCUACAUGCCAAUGAACACAUACAGUAUGGCCAUUAUACCUAAUAUAAACAUGGUUAGGGGAGAAACGCAA